GUCCCUCUUCAUUGCGCUAGACGGAGCUACCAUCACUCCGGCUAUCGUCGCGAGCCACGAUCGCUCAACCUACCGUCACUCGGGUUACAAUCGCGCAGGUUACCAUCGCUGGGGCUGCCGUCGCCCGCCAAGUACCAUACCGGGCCGGGAGCUUCACUCGCUAAUAGCCUGAAUCUGUAGCAGAGCGAAACGGUCGGCAGGAACGCGCGAUGACGCUCCGUUUUGUGCAAAGCGCUGCGGCCCGUCGACGCGUUUCCAUCACCCUCAUGGCCUCGGUCGUACCUGGCCACCGACGUCGUCGUAAUGCGAGCUGUCGUCGACGAGCCCUGGUAAUCUUCACUCCCUGCACUCACGGCACUCGCGGAACACCUAGCCUUAGUACCUCGCACCCACCUUAGAUGAUAAGAUUCGAGGUCGGGUUUCUUGUUCUCGGACGAAUAUACGUGGCGUCCGGUUACUAGUAGUGACGCGGAGAGUGUCUCGCGUGCACCCGUACUCUCGACUGCGUCAGUUGGCGGAGCAAGACUGGCGAGAUUCGAUCACCUCUGGGCGAGGUCAAGCAUUCUUAGACGGCCAAGGCAGCGAUGGGCCUCGCCUCGUCGAUGCGUCUGCCAGGGAUCCUCUGCGUCUUGCCGUGGCUGACCUUACUAUUCCUUUCAGCGCUGCUCGUACGUCCAGCCUGGAGCCUUCCCCCUCCUCUCCGAACCGCAAUCCGAGGCUCGGGCCCGGCUCGGUACGCGGCGUGCAACACGGGCAAGGGGCGCGCGGUGCUCUACAACUGCGGGCUGCAAGUGGGCAAUGCGACCGCGGGAAUUGCGUCUCUGCACGAUGUGCCGUCGCCACAGAAGUACCUGGUGAAGCUUCGGCCGGACGUGCCUGCGAGCCGGGUGGACGAGGUGUGUGAGCUGGCGGAGAACAGCAACAGCACGCUCUACACUGGCACGUGCCUCAAGCGGUACAAGGCGGUGUUCAACGGCAUGCUGAUGCUCAUCUCGGGCCAGUCCCUGCUGGCGCUGCUGGACGCUGAGUCUGCCCUCAUCCAAUUCGUCGAGGUCGAGGGCAUUGCGCUCAUCGCCUCCGCCCCAUCUGCUGCUGCUGGUGGUGAUGGUGGUGGUGCUGCUACUGCUGCUGCUGAUGCCUCUGCUGCUGUUGUUGGUGCUUCUGAUCCUUCAUUGGCUAACGAUACGGCGGUGCUGACGUCAUCCUCAGCAUCAGCUCUGGUCACGCGCAUGCAGCGCCAGCCCCUCUCAUGGGGUUUGGACCGCAUUGACCAGCGCCCAGGCCAGCGUGCCCUGGAUGGCGCCUACUCCUACCCGGCUGCUGCUGGCACUGGCGUGCACGUCUAUGUGGUCGACACGGGCGUGCGUUGCUCCCACAACGACUUGCGCUUUUCAGACGGCCGUCUCAACCCCGCCACUCGCCGCCCCGCCUCGCGCUGCCUGCCGGGGGUGGACACAGUGGGGGAUGGGCGCAGCCGGGGCAUGGAGGACUGCAACGGCCACGGCACGCACUGCGCUGGAAUCGUGGCAGGGCUGCAGAGCGGCGUGGCCAAGAACGCCUUCAUCCACCCCGUCAGAACCAUGGACUGCGCGGGCAACGGGGCGUUUGGGGACAUCCUGGAGGGGCUGGACUGGAUCGCCGCCAAUUACCAGGCGCCCGCCGUGGUGUCCAUGUCCAUCACCAUGGCGGCCUCGGCUAGUUUGGACGCAGCGCUGAAAGAGCUGGUGGAGAGGACAGGCGUCACCGUGGUGGCAGCGGCAGGCAACUUCUUCUCCCUGGCGUGCAACUACUCCCCCGCGGACAGCGACGACGUGAUCGCAGUGGCGUCCAGCACCAACACCGACACCAUGAGCUGGUUCUCGAAUUACGGCUCGUGUGCCGACAUCUUUGCCCCGGGGGAUGAGAUCAUCAGCGCAGGGUCGGCGUCCGACACGGCAUGGGCUACCAUGUCAGGGACAUCUAUGGCGUGUCCACAUGUGGCAGGAGCAGCGGCUCUGUAUCUGUCCAUGCAGCCCUCAGCUCGCCCUCGGGAUGUGCGCAAGGCCCUCUACGACACAGCGUACCAGCGGGCCAUAACAGCCAUCAAGCCUAACACCGUGUCGCGCCUGCUGUCGGUCAACUUCCGCCCGCUGCUUGCGGACGUGACGCCGCGCUCCUUCUUUGACAUGCUGGAGGGCUCCAGUGCGCGCAUCAAGGUGCUGCUACUCAAGACGCCGGCUGCUGAUGUGGUGUUCACCGCCACUGCUGCUGACGGCAGUGUGGCGUCCUUUUCUCCGUCGCGACUGCUCUUCCCUGCUGGUCGCACGCCAGUCGCACAGUACAUCACCAUUCAACUUUCCUACUCGUCCAAGUUCCUGGACCGGGCCACUCUCCUGGCGUUCACCUUCACCAGCAAGGACGCUGCCUUUGGGGCGUCCAUGGAGGGAUACGCCCUGGCGCUGGACAAAGAUGUGUGCAAGGCGCCGUGCGGCCAGAGCAUGGAGCGGCCGAAGGUGGUGCCGUUGCUGCCCUUCUACUAUGAGGACGACAGCACGGACUACCGGGAUCUUUACAGUGCCAAGAUGGACAAGUGCCACGACAAUGGGCCUGACGUGGUGUUCCAAUACACGCCACCCUAUGACAUGGUGGUGUCGGUGGAUCUCUGCAGCCUCACGGAGUUUGACUCGGUGCUCAGCGCCUAUAUGCGCACCAAAACACCCGGCAAGCCGGCCCCCAUCGCGUGCAACGACGACUCGUGUGGCACCAAGUCCAAGCUCGCAGGGCUCACUCUCAUCAAGGGCAACACCUACUUCUUUAUGGUGGAUGGGUGGGGCGGCACGGGGGGCAAGUUUGCGAUCAACAUGGUGGUCACGAAGGUGCUCAGGGCGCUCGGCACAAAGAGAGACAAGACUCUCGCCUCCAAGCCACUGCCCUCUCUUCGCUCCCUGUCUCUCGGCUCCCUGCGCUCCAUGCCCAUGCUCUCACCUCUUCACCCGCCCCACCCGCUCCUCCCUCUGCCCGUCAACCCUACCUCCUCCGAGCCUACCUCCUCCGAGCCUUCUUCUUCCAAGUCUGUUGGUAGCGGUGCCGGUGCCGUUGCUGGUGCCAUCGCUCCCUCGUUCUUCCUCCCAUCGCCUCUCCACCGCUCUCAACCGCCCCGCUUCAUCUACUUGAAUGCGAGCAACCCCCCGCCUUCGCUCCCUCGCAAUGCUCCUACCGCGGUGCCUGAGGGGGGAGAAGGUGAUGGUGCAGCACAUCAUGUGGUGACAGGCCCCUGGGGGGAGUGCUCCGUGUCGUGUGGCGUGGGGCAGCAGGAGAGACUGGCCUGGUGUGUGGACGCUCAGGGCAUGACGGCCCAAUCUCCUCUCGCCAGCUGUCCGGUUCUCCCUUCUGUGCCCACUACCCAGCCGUGCCAGCUGGCACCGUGCGCCCGUGGUUACUGGGAUGUUACACAGUGGCAGGGCUGCAACGUGCCGUGUGGCGGGGGCAUCAACAUGCGGGCGGUGGUGUGUCGGGACGCAAUGACAGGCAGCAUGCUGGACGAGUCCCGCUGCUCCUCGCUCAAACCCGCCUCCAACCAGACAUGCAACUCACAGCCGUGCUCCGUCUACCUCUGGCGGCCUCACAGCUGGUCCCCGUGCCAGCACUCCCUGGACCUGCUGUCCCAUGGGAUGGGCAGUCAGGGCAGCCCCAGCAGCAGCAGCAGCAGCAGCAGCAGCAGCAGGAGGAGCAGGAGCAGCAGCAGCAGCAGGAGGAGUAAGAAUAGCAAAAGGAGCAGGAGCAGCACAAUCAGCAGGAGCAGUCGCAGCACCAGCAGCAAUCGAGGUAGCAACAGUGGUGGAAUGGGGUGGAGUGUGGUGGAGGAGGAGGUGAUGCGAGUGUACGGAUGGAGGAGCAGGGAGAUUGAGUGUGUGAACAUGAGAGGCCAGCAAGUGACUGAGUCCUUCUGCUCCCAUGCCGUCAAGCCCACCACCCUCUCGCCCUGCCUCCCACCUUCCCCACUACCCUCUGCCAUUACCGAGGCUGCCCCCUCCCCCUCCACUUCACCCUCUCUCUCUCCCGAUGCUCCCAUCUCCGCUGCAACUACCAACGCCACCACUACCGCCACUGCCACCACCACUGCGACCACCAGCACCACCACCAUCAGCAGCAGCAGCAGCAGCAGCAGCAGCACUUCGUCUCUCUUCUGCUCCCCCCUCUCUUGCGCUCACGGCACUUGCGAGCUGGGAGCAUGUGAGUGCAUGGACGGCUGGACGGGCCCCCACUGCGAUGAGCCUCACCUCUGUGCGGGCAGGCCUGUGGGACUCCUGCUCUCUAGGGCGCCUGUGCAUGCUGAUGGUGCUGCUGCCGCUGCUGAUGCUGAUGCUGGCAAUAGCUCUAAAACAUUUGUCUCAGCGCCAGCUGUUGACCUGCCAAGUAGGCUAGAAUCAGGCAGCCCUAAUGGCAACUGGACCAGCACCCUCGCUAGCAGCAGAAGCACCAGCCGGAGCGUGACUAUGGCUGUGUCGGUGCAAGCGUCAUGCUGCCCAGGCUUCCUCGUGGACCGCUCUGGGUGGUGCUGCCUCUCCCCUGCCGCCCGUCUAGACAAGGAAGGGGCAUGCUGUGAGAGUGGUCGAGUGGACGCCUGUGGAGCCUGCGAUGGCGAUGGCAGAGCGGUGGACAUAACCGGCAAGUGCUGCGCGUGUGGCCUGAGAGACGAGGUGGGUGUGUGCUGCCCCUCCGGCCGCCUGGACGCCUGUGGGAGCUGCGAUGGGGACGGCACGUCCUGCGCUCUCCUAGCCACUGUCGCCAUGCGGGUGCCAUUUUCCCAAUCUGUGGCCUACUUUGCUAGUGCAGCCAACACGAGCAGAGUCAGCGCCAGCGCACUCAUCUCGACCACACUCAACUCUACUGCAAAUGACACCAGCAAGCAUCAUUUCUAUGCCUUCACGUUCGCCUUCACCAGUGGGAUGGCUGAGAUCCUAGACGUGCUGCCACAAGCCAUCUCCUUCCUCUCAAUCACACCAGCCCCGUGCUUGCCAGACCUCCCAGAAGCUCCGGUUCCAAACCAGCUCUCCUCAGCCACCGAGACUAACUCUCAGGCUGGGCAGCAGACAUCUGGGAUGGAGCAAUCAGCAGACACGUGGGAGUGGGAGGGGGGUUGUGGGGAGCUGGAUGACACGGACAGGCCCAGAGGCGUUUCCGUGCAGUUUGCUGCUCAGCCCCUCGCGGUGGGGUCCACGACUCCUCGCAUGGCAGAGACCAGCUUCCGAGAGACUCUGGUGCAAUAUGCUCAGGACAGCAUGCAACCCCCAACCAAGCCAUUCCUGGGUGUUCCCGGUGCUUCCUUCAUCUCCCUGCUCACAUCAACCCGCCUUGGCAUUUGUGGAAACAACAUCUGUGAGACUGGCGAGCGGUGCUCCCCGUCAACCAACGGGACUUCCCAGGGCGGCAGCCCAUCUCCCUGUUGCCCUGAAGACUGUCCAUUUGUUUCGCUGGCGUGUCCAGCUCCUGAUGAUGGGCGUCGGAAAAACAUUGCCUGCUCCGGGUUUGGUCGAUGCCUCGACUUCACGGGCACAUGUGACUGUUUUUGGGGUCAUGUUGGUGGUGAUUGCUCACACUGUGCCACGGGAUGGAUUGCGUCCCCAGUCACAGGGUCAUGCUAUGUUCAGCCACGUACUGCAGCACUGUCAGCAACGUUAAAGGAUUUCGAACAGGUGAGGUACGGGAGUUUGCGAAAGUCUGCUUGAUCGUUACAAGUUGGCAAGACAUCUCCAUUUCUUGCCACAGGAAUCGUGCAUGACAGAACUCCCACUUGGCUGAAGAUGUAUUCGUAUUUAGGAAAGUGAUCA